AUGAUCGACUCAGUGAAACUGCGCCGCGACAGCGCGGCCGACUUUUUCUCGCACUACGAGUACCUGUGCGCGCUGCAGGACUCGGUGCCGCUGCCCUCGGUGCGCGCUUGCCUGCGGGAGGGCGUGCUGGACUUCAAUGCCGACCGCCUGCGCAUCGUGGACUGGGCGCCGCUCUUGAGCACCCUCAAGAUUAAUAAAGAUCUGCCUCUAGUCUCUAUCAAGAGCUUCUUCCAGCCGUGGCUUGGCGAAACAGGUUCUGACAAAAGUAAAGUUUGCAGAAGUCGUGUUCCUGCGAUAAGAAACAAAGAUGUGACCUUCCAGUUAUGUAAAGCUCUCAAAUGCUGUUUAAGUGUAUCAAGUGCUCUAAAGAACCUGGAGCUAAAUGGACUAGUGCUGAGAGGGAGAGAUUUAACUAUUUUGACAAAGGGAUUGAAUAAAUCCACCUCUCUGGUGCACCUGUCUCUUGCAAAUUGCCCAAUUGGAGAUGGAGGUUUGGAAAUUAUUUGUCAAGGUAUAAAGAACUCUAUCACUCUUAAGACAGUAAACUUCACGGGGUGUAAUCUGACAUGGCAGGGAGCAGAUCACAUGGCCAAGAUCUUAAAGUAUCAGACCAUGCGAAGGCAUGAAGAAAUCUGGGCUGAGAGUCUUCGUUACAGGAGGCCUGAUCUGGACUGUAUGGCUGGUUUGAGGCGCAUCACUUUGAACUGCAACACGCUCAUUGGUGACCUGGGCGCAAGUGCUUUUGCAGAAUCUCUCAGUGAGGAUUUAUGGCUUAGAGCACUUGACCUGCAGCAGUGUGGCCUCACCAAUGAAGGAGCAAAGGCUUUACUAAAGGCCCUCGAAACCAACAGAACUCUGGUCAUUCUGGAUGUAAGAAAAAAUCCACUCGUUGAUCAUUCUGUGAUGAAAGCAGUUAUCAAAAAAGUUCUCCAGAAUGGAAGGAGCGCCAAGUCAGAGUACCAGUGGAUAACUUCUCCAUCAGUGAAGGAACCAUUCAAAACUGCUAGACAGAAAAAGAGAACUAUAAUCCUGGGAAAUGGUCGGAAAGGGAAAGCUACUAUUAGAAUUGGAUUGGCCACAAAGAAACCUGUAAGUAAUGGAAGGAAACACCCCCUUGGUAAAGAAUAUUCUCCUGAGCCUCUACCUCCUGGCGUCUCUGGUUUCCUGCCGUGGCGCACAGCGGAACGUGCGAAAAGGACCAGGGGUUUUCCAUUAAUCAAAACUCAUGAUGUAUAUAAUCAUUUGCAGCAAUCAGAUUUUCCUGUGACUGUGACAGUAGAGAGUCCUUCCUCCUCAGAAAUUGAAGAGGUCGACGAUUCAUCUGAAAGUGUUCAAGAGGAGCCUGAGAAAACCAGUUUAAAACAAGAAGCAUUAGAGGAAAAACUGGAGGAGUGCCUAAAGCAGUUAAAGGAGGAAAGAGUAAUAAGGUUUAAGGCUGAUAAACGAGUCAGUGAGCUGGAACAUGAAAAUGCCCAGUUAAGAAAUAUAAAUUUCUCUUUGUCUGAAGCCCUGCAUGCACAGUCAUUGACAAGCAUGAUCCUGGAUGACGAAGGUGUUUUGGGCAGCAUUGAGAAUUCUUUUCAGAAGUUCCAUGCUUUCUUGGACCUCCUUAAAGAUGCUGGGCUUGGGCAGCUUGCCACAAUGGCUGGAAUAGAUCAGUCAGAUUUUCAUUUACUGGGUCGUCCCCAGAUGAAUUCUACUCUCAGUAGUCUGCCUACAGAAGAAAAGAAAGCACUUGAAGAAGAAAAACGAGAAUCAAAGCAGAACCCCCUAGGACAGAUGCAAAAUAUCCAAGUUUCUAUUUGUAUGCAGUCAGCUUGCAGUGAAGGAACACUAAUGAAGUUUCAGAAAAUCACAGGUGACGCUAGAAUUCCUUUGCCUCUCGACUCCUUCCAUGUCCCCGUUUCCACGCAGGAGCCCUUAGAAACUUCUAGAGACAACCUGGGAGUCCCAGUCAAUGAGCAGCGGCAGGACUCUAUCAAAGAAUUCAUUGCUAGAACAUGUUCUCCUUCAGCAGAUGUGAUGUCUGGAGCUGGAAGCCAAAGAAAAGAAGAUGAAUUGUCUAGAAAUAGCAGAUCUUCUUCAGAGAAAAUGACCAAAACAGGUGAAUAUACCAAAAAAUAUUGUGCUAAAAAACAGCCCAGAAAGGACCUGCAUUCCUGCUCUGACUCACCUGUAAAUCGGAAAAGUAAAGGAAUUGGGCAAAAUGAUUCUUUGGUUAAUGAACCAGUUAAAAGUGAGUCUUUGAAAAAACACGUUUCUGUCAAGAAAGAAAGUAGAAUAGUGACUGUUUCAUCCAAGACGACUAAAAGUAAACUCAAUCUGUUAGAACACUCUGAAGGUGAUACUCUUGGAUCUGACUUUGAAUUUCAAGAAAGUAUCCAUACCGUAUCACACCUGACAUAGGUCUAAAUCUUUUGAAAUUAUGUUUUUGCCUUCAAAUUUUAAUAAAUUUCUUAUGUUUUCA